AUCAAGCAAGGAUCGAACGUCAGCACAGGACAACCCUUCUUGGCUAGCGCGUCGAUCAAAGGACAUUCAUAGCCUGCCGAGCCAGUCAUAGCUCGAUAUAUUGAUACCGCGAAUUCCUUGAAGGAAGGGAGAAAAAUACUGGAGGGAUCAUCGCACGACGUUCGCAGGCCGCAUCCCGUAUUUGGGGUUGCCUUAGCACAGCCGGAAAGGAGGAAAACGGUCGGGGCUAGCGAGGCAUAUAUUUCAGAGCAGUUGCACGACCAAUUUCCGAUUCUUAGCGAGGCUCGAACUCUCCUUUGAGCAAGAGGACAAUUAGGCGACUGUCUCUAGUAAAUGGGCCUCCUCAAGCGCAUCAUUAUCCUAUAAAAUGCAGCGGAUGAUCCUUAGAAAUACCCGGAGGAGAUCACGGAGGAUGGGCCUACUUGACUUGAAUUAUGACGUCCUGGUGCAAAUCAUAGCGGAAUUCGACAAACCAACCCUGCGUCAGUUUAUGGUCACCAACCAUACCGCGUAUGACCUGGGUUUGCCCAUCCUCGCGUCAUCUGUGAUUCUUCGUACGCCUCUUCAGCUCUCCAGCUUCUGUCACUUUGCCCUUUCGCGCGCAGCCAAGCACAUCCCUCGUUUUCUGCGGACUCUCGAUCUCUCGGGCAGCGCGCUCAAGUUUCCAAUGGAUGUCGGCCUGCUCGCGGACCUCCUGACGCAAGCAACGGGGCUGGAGGAAGUCCUUUUGUGGGACUCCGAGCGGAUGAUGUUCAAUGAUCCCCGAAUACGGGCGGCCAUUGCAUCUCGCACAAGCAUGGUCCGCCUGGUUCUGGGAGAAGGCGCAGGUAAACUAGCGGACGCGAUGCUACGGUCUUUGACGUCGCCUCUUUCCUCUCUCAUCAUUGGGAGACGGAUGGCCCCUGCCCCAAACUUCGAGAUGAUCCUUCCGUGGCGAUCGACCCUGAGGCGCCUGAAACUUUCGGACUUCGCGGCAACGAGUAUUCCUCUCCAAGCUCGCUGGACCCAGUUGACCCACCUUGCUCUGUUCGCUCCUCGAGUGAAGCGCGCCUUGCUCUACGUCGCAUUCCCGAAUUUACGCCAGUUGCACCUGGAGGACAUGGCAGUCGUUGAAGACCUACAUGCACAGAACACAUGCGACGUGCGUCUUGCAUGGCCACAUCUUGACGCCGCCACCGUGGAUCUCCUCAGCAUGUAUCAUUACCCGUUAUACUCGAAUGUCAGGCGCUUGGAGGUGACCAGUUUUGGAUCGACCGCGUUGUAUCACGCUCAGCAGGAUCGCCUUCGUGAGAGUUUCUUCUCCGGUCUGGCGGCAUCUGGGCCCAUGAAUUUGUCGAUGCCCAUCCUAUCGGAGGAGUCCGAGUUUUGGCUGCGCGUCGCAAUUUGUGCGCCAAGGCUGGAGGUCCUGCAUCUGACGCUUUUGGUGGACACGGAUAUGGCCAUCUUGCGGACGGUUCUGCCAUGCAUAUCUGGAUUACCAAUCAAGUACUUCUGCCUCGAAUUCGACUGUCACCAUCCUGUCAUAUCCAUAGGAGCGGUACAGGAGCAUUCUGCGUUCUGCACCUUCGUUGCCGACUUGAUAAGGCCGAUCGAACGUAUCGAACUCCUUUGGACGAGAUCUGGUCGGGAGAUAUCGGCCAGCUCAUACCGCGCUCGACGGAUUCCAGGGCGAGUCAGGGGAUCGCAUGAAGCCGUCGUGGAACUGGAGUCGGAGGACAUGCGUCGCGCUAUGAGGCGUUUCUAUGGCAUUGAGCACAUAGUGGUGGUACCAUGAGUCCACCACACCACCACCGAUCUUGUCCGAUUUGUUUUUUUGCUUGAGGGGUUAUGUACGGCUCAGCUUUGGGGCUACAUCCAUGUACCGAUACACGCACGAUGUAUAGUAGGCGCUCUCUCACUUUGCAGCCUCAUCGAAUCGGUGUUCAAUCGCGUU